GGCAAGCAAAAGCUUUGCUUAAGCAGGGAGCCCCUUGCAAUGUUUUCCCUUGAUGGGACUUAAAUACGUCCACCCUAGCGCUAGUAAUUUUCACUUUCGUAUUAUCAUUCUUUCAUGAACUUCAAAAGAGUCCUAUAGCAAUCUAUCACAGUUUAAGAAAAAAGCAAAAAGUAAUGGCUCGGGUUGUCAGGUCUUUCCUGAGUUCGUGCCUGCUUGAUGUCUUUGCUCCAGUUUGCUUUUUGUCAACCGAGGCGUUCCUCCGGGUGAGAAAAUCCAGAACCACGGCGUCCACGGCAGCUACAACAACCCAAGAAGACACGGGGGCCACUGAAGAGACAACGCGAAUAAAUGGUGGCGGGUCCUCCAGAGAGCGCUCCGUCGUGUCGACGUCCCUCGCCGGGCAAAAGACGUCUUUCUUACGGCGCGGCAGGACAAGGGUGCGGCAAGAAGACGACUUGGAACUACAGGUGGAGAGGUACGUUGACGCACAGGACGCAGCUGGAGGUGCCUCGGCUGACCGAGAUGAAACGGGCGGCUUGAACCUCGAUGAUUGCAGUCGUGCAAAGGACAACGGAAUAACAGACUUACAGGAGGGGGCGAACAGUUUCUUGAGUUUUGACGAACAAGAAAGUGUUGAUGCUAGGUCGUCAAGCAACCUUCUUCAGGAAAAGGAACGCCAGCUAGAGGAAAUAGUUCUCGAUGAAAAGGACGAGGGCCCCAGCAGCCAAAGUACUGCACAGAGCCGGCUUUCUUCCGGGCUAAUCAAUGUGGAGCAGGGUGGACACGAAAAAUCUGGGAAGGGGAGACGAGGAAAGGCCACAACUGCUGCGAAGAUUUCCAGCGAAAUGCUACCGCGUAAGGACGCCGGGGCAGCGUCUUCGUUUUUGCUCCGCGGGAAGGCGAGGACGUCUGGGAAGAAGACGGCGCGAGCCUUAUUGAUGAAAAAGUCACAGUUAUUUGGUGGAAGAACGAAAGUAGAGUCACGCUCACGUCCUACAGGGGGAACAAUUUCCGUGAAACAGGGAAACACGCGUCUUCGUGCCCGUGCGCAGCAUGACCAGGUGGACGAAGAGGAGAGUGAUUCUGAUGCAGGCACCAGCACAACAGGAGAAGCGGUGGACGAGGCGGAAGUGAGACAAGCCGUCGAGGACGAAGUCGUGGUACAACAACCUGGAGCAGAGCCUAGUAUGCAAGAAGAAAAAGCCGGAGCCGCAAUUGGAAGUGCAACUCUGCAGACAGAGAUGAACAAGAACAAGAAGAAGGUCAGCAACAGCAUGUAUUCACUUCUGCGAGCGGCACAGUCUCCGCACACGCUUUACUCCGACAAAGGUCUGACCGCGGACGAGCACCGGCGCUUCACGGUGGAGCAACUGGAUCUGGUGGAGGAGAAAGUCAAAGAGCUGAAAAAAGUGAUCGAAGAGAGUAUUCUGCUGUCGGACGGCGCAACUGGCUGCCGGAAGUCGCGUCGGAACGGGGCCUCCUCUGCUGCCCUAAGCCAGAAGAAGGACCUGUUGCGUACGAGCGGCUCGCUGGUGCCGCGGUUUGGGGGCAGUUGCGACGCGGCGGGGAGUGGUAGUACUAGUAGUUCCCCCGGCUGCAUUUCCCUCGGGAACGGCUGGGCGGCGGCCGGGAAUACGCCGUCGGGGAAAGCGCUCGCAGGAGCAACACUUGCGGCCAACACCGCGGUUGGCGGCGACUUCGGAAAAGCGGCGUUUUCGGAAGGGGAUGACUACUUCACCGCCCAGAGAACUGGUCGGACCGGCAGCUUCUUCCCGCGGAUCCAAGCGCGGUGGGCUACCGACGGAAUCCACUACAGCAGCACCGGGGCGCGCAUCGACGGAAAUGGAAGGAUCCACCGGGACGAGCUCUUCAACGGGGGGGCUGAUGACGUCGAUGUUGCCGCGGACCUGGAAGACGAGAAAAAUUUUGACGAUUGCGUCGCUGCCAAAGUUGGGCGCAUGCUCGUCGGCCAGUUCGGUUCUUCGGGAGCUCAACACGGUAGUUCUUUCGAACAGAUUGUGGCGAAUUCGCUGCUGCAGGGCGGGACCUCCAGUGCAGCAGCUGCAGCUCAAAAUGGCGUUGAUGAAGCUUCCGCAGUGCAGCUGCCCUAUGUUGCGUACGCAAGCUUUGGGCUCGCUACCACCGGGAGAGUGGUAGAGUGGCCGCAAGUCGACGUCGUGCAGCGAACAACAGCACCCGGAAGCACAUCGACAGCAGGAGCGGCCGCCCGGAACGAGCUGAGAGCGGAGCUGCGCACCCUGGACGCCCGUCAUGCCCCCUGGUACGAGGGAUCGACCCGGAAGCGUGUGGGCAAAAACGUGGUCCUUGCGGUGGACUUCUCCGGGUCGAUGAGAAAGGAUGGCAAGUGGGACACGGUCAUUGCCGCGGUCCAGCAACUGCUGGACACGUUGUCGCCCUACGAUCGGUUUGCAAUUUUUCAGUGGUAUCAGCCGUUCGCGCACACAGGCGGCGCGAACCUCGCUUCCCUGGAACUAGUCCCAGCCACGCGGAGAAACGUCAACCUCGCGAAAAAUUGGAUCAGAGAACGGAGGCAGUCCGGGUACUCGGAAACCAGCAGGGCGCCCGGCGCGGCGUUCACCGGACUCGCGCUGGCGUCGGGGCUGGGCAUUUUUCCGGCCGACGCGCGGAGUCGGUACCCCAAGCUGGUCGCUCCGCAGCAAGACUGCAUCCGCGACGAGGACUUCUGUGGGGCGAUGGUGCUGCUGAUUACGGACGCAGAAAAGACGGACACGAAUGGGUUCGCGGACCUCGCGGACACGGCCGGGCUGCUGAAGGAACUCUUUCCCGCGCGGUGGGGGAUUACCCUGGCCGCCUACGUGAUCUCCCCACACAACGAGGUGGACAGCUGGAGCGCGUUCAAGCAACUACUGCAAGGAAAAAUCCCUCCUCCCCAUAUUGAAAAGGUACGUUUCCGAAAAUUUGCGUUGCUGAUUUGAGGUCACAAAUCACAUCUGUCUUGCAAGAAGACAAGGGCAGAAGCUUCCGCCCCAUUAUGGAAGCGAUUUGUCAUGCUGCUGGGCCUAAAGGGGAGCCGUUUGCAAUGCUGAACAACUAGACCCACACGCCCCUACCUAGGCUGGGGAUCUGGCCGCAAUGCCUUCCUGCAGUACACAGCUGAUUUGUGUACACAAAUCCAGCAUCAGAAAUUCCGUUUUGAUAUGGGGAGGGGGGAUUUUUCCUUACGAUAGCAACUGUCCGAGAACCACGGCGGUUCGCCGGUGCUGCUGGACUACGAGCACGGCGGCAGUGCUAUCCCAGAGAAAAAAGCUGGCAGGGCAUAUUUGUAAUGCAAAAAUAAAUACACAGAAAAAUUUGUCAUGGGUGGCCCCAUAGCAUGCUGUUUCGGAUACGCAAUGCAGUUUUUUUUGUGUAUUUAUUUUUGCAUUACAAAUUUGCCCUGCCAGCUUUUUUCUGUGUGAUAAGUGCCGCCGCGUCGGACAUGGCCACCACCAUUCUCGGCUACCAGAAGACGGCGGAGCGAAGGCUGAUGCAGCAGGAGAAGGACGCCGCGGGCGUCAAGUGGGUGCGGUACCACGAUCCCUUCACCGGGAGGGAGCGGCUGUCCGCGUGCACCAAGCUGUUCUCGACGGGGCCUUACGCGGAGGAGGAGGCGGCGCUGCGGGAGCUGAAGCACUACGCGGUGUUCUGCCUCGACGCGGCGCUCAUUCUGCGCGAGCCGUUUGACGCGCGGCUGCGGUGUCUGCCGUUCUUGAAGACCGAGGUGGGCACGAGGGCAGAGCAGGGCAUCACCGCCGCCUGCCCGGCGUACGAUUUUCGCGAGGAGCGCUGCGCCGCCAACAGCAGGUAUGGGGACGGUAUUUGGAAAACUCGACAACCGAAAUUUGACUGGAGACUGUCGGACUUCGACGGAGGGGACGACGUUUUGUUCGGUCCCACGGUCAAUUUUGAGUAUUUUGCAGAUCGAACCCAGUACCUGCAGAGUCUCAGCAAUGCCGAUGACAUUAGUGGAGGUGCUUCAGCUGUUGACCUCUUCGGAAGUGUGCGAAUGAAAGGCGGCUUCAACCCUUUCGAGCAAGAGGAGGGUUGCACCACAACGACGACGACCACCACGACAACUACCACGACGACUAUCGCGACGACCACCACUACGACGUCCACAACGACCACAACUACAACCACCACCACAACAACCACCACAACAACCACCACAACAACCACCACAACAACAACCACCACAACAACCACCACAACAACCACCACGACAACCACCACAACAACCACCACAACAACCACCACAACAACCAUCACAACAACCACCACAACAACCACCACAACAACCACCACAACUACAACCACAACUACAACCACCACCACAUCAACUAGAACCACAACCACGACAACAACCACGACAACUACAACUACUACGAGUACAACCACCUCUACAACCACGACGACAACAACCACCACGACUGCGGCGGCGUUUAUUAUUGUUGACCCGACCAGCGUUCCAUCCACUUCUUCUACGACGACCACGACUACGGAAGGACUUCUGCUAGCUCCAAUUAUGCCUGCCCCUCUUGCCGAGGACGAUUGCUCGUUCCCCUGGAUAAUGCUCCUCGCAUUCCUCACGGGCCUGCUCUGCUGCGCCGGGGGCGCGAUGCUGCUGCUCCCAAGCAGCGAGCAGGGAGAAGAUGUGUCCGCCGCAGCGGCAGGGGGAGGUGCUGGUGGUCUUCCUUCGCAACAUGACGACAACCCGCGUCCAGAGCGAGAUGACAUGGUGUCUGGUGGUGGCUUCGGAACACCGGUGGACACCGUUCUUGCGUCGGACAAGACAAGCGCGAGCAAAGACGUAGAUAGCUACACUGCACCACCUCUCGACGACGUUGCCGAGCAACAGUUUGCCGAAGAGGACACGGACUUUGAAGUGUCGGACUCCGCGUCUGCAAUGUCCUCCUCUGCGAUGUCUUCCUCUGAGCCAAGCAGUGCGCCCUCCGCGCUGGGAACAAAGAGGGGCAAGCGGAAAAAUAAAGGGAAGACAAAGGUCGCCGGUUCGGGAAAAUUGAAAAAAGCGAAGACGAAAGGGAAGGGACCGGCGCCGGAAGGUGCGUCGUCGAGUGAAACUGCGGACCACAGUACGCCGGCUCCUUCUGACACUGACGGGGCAACAAGUGCCUCCUCCUUGGACGCGCGAACAAGGGCGAAAGUGCAGAAGAACAGAGAGGACAGGAGAAAAAUCAAAGCACAAGAAGCCGACGGCGCAGCAAGCGACACAAGUGGCGCAACGUCUGCCGGUGAGAGCGGGGCUAGUGACAGUUCCACUGGGCACAUUGGUGCGAAGCGGAGGCGGGUCCUCAAGAGGAAGAAAAAGUGGGUGCCGAAGAAGCAAGGUGGCACAACAACGACCUUAGACGAAGAUGGAGCAUCCAGCAGGAAAAUCGUCGCGGCAAAUGGGGACGGCGCUGACCUGGGCAAUCUCGCGGAAUCCGUCGAGGCUGUCAUGUUUCUUCCCGACGGUGGUGCGCACGAGGGAGCAACCUCAAGGCGCCAGCAGGCAGCAGCGGCCGGCGCCGAGGCCCAACUGAAGGUCCCGCGGCGCGGUACCACGCCAGUGCCUCUGGACGAGUUGAAGAAAACGCAAAUUCCGAAAAGUCCACGGGAGAAAAACAAAUCCGCAAAGAUGCUCCAGAAAGCGGCUUCGAAAGCAAAAAGUGAUCUUCCGCGCCAGAGAAAGGACCGAGGAAGAGGUGAUCCUGGCGAGUCGUCUGAGCAAAGCGCGUCGGAACGAGAAGACGUUGCAGGUACAAAGAAGAAAUCGGUGAAGCCAGCGGGGACGACUCAGAAAACGAAAACGGCAAACUUCUUCGGAUCAAAAAAGGGGGCCAGUGCCGGCGCCACAGCAGCACCUCCGGGCGGUGGGGGGCCCGCAGGGAUCGUCACGCCGGCCAUCACGGAGGCGCAGGUGAUAACCGGCGUGGAGCAAACCGACGCGGAGCGGCUUCUGCGAAAGGUAGGAAUUGCGAAGAACUACGCGAAAAAGCUCGCGAGACGGCUGGCGGACCCGGAGGCUGACUUGUUGGAUCAAGCUGGUGGCGUGGCUCCUUCCACCGAAAAGAGCCCGCACGACGCGAGGGCGUACAAAAAUUUCCGCAAAAAGGAACAAGAAGCGAAGAGGAAGAACCAGCAGGAAUUUGAUGCGCUCACCGAAGGGGAGAAACAGACGCUGAAGAAGCUCGGGCUCGCACCCACAGACACCAUUGGCCGCAUGCGGGAUGCGGUGGUGAAGCUGAAGAAGCAGAACAAGAAGGGAAAGCUACUUCCGUCGCCAGUCGUGAAGGCGCCGGUUGCUGCAAAGCAUGGUCGCUUCGUGGUGCGCCCCAACACCGUGUUGCUCCCGAGCAAAAACGAGGUGGAAAAAUUGCUGAUGGGAAAGAUCGGGCUUUCCAAGCCCUACGCCAAGCGGGUCGCGCGCAGGCUGCAGAAUCCUGAUGUAGAUACAAUUGCCAAGCCGCAAGAAAAUUCGAACGAUGCGCGGGCCAUGGAGUCCUUCGGCUUUUCGAAGCCGGAUGUUGACGGCGACGACGGCGCGACCGCCUCGUCCCCGGCGGAGCGGCUUCGCCUGUGGCUCAACCGGGCCGCAAGGGAAGAAAAGAAGAAGGCAAAGCAAAAAACUCCGAUGACGUUCGCCGCCACGGACGCAGCAGGCGCAGACACAACAAAACCCUCCAGCGAGACGGAAAUCCCAAAGCCUCCAGACGUGGCGGAAGCCACACAAGCGUUCAUCAGCGCGGGGGUGGCCAAGAGGGCUGCGCGGAAGCUCGCCGAGCAGGUUGCCGACGCAGAGAAAACCGGCACUAGAAGUAUUCCUUUGGCGCAGGAGUUUCUCAAGAAAAGGGGCGGCAGCAACACAUCAGAUGCUGAGGACGAAAGAGAAAAACAGCAGGCAAUGCAACUCCUGUCCGCUCUUGGCCUGGAGAAAGACACCUUUACUGCGGAAGACGCGGCGACUUUUGUCCGGCGGCAGUUGAAGGAGGAAAAGAGACAGGACCAGCUGGCCCUGAUGACGUUACCCAAGCCCGUGACCGAGCAGGCCCUGUUGACCACCGGGAUGAGCGGGACGCUCGCGAACUGGCUGGCAACCCAGUGCGCGGACAAGCGCGUGGACAAAAGCGCCGACUUGACCAGCGGCAAAGACAUCGCAGCCGCGGACCUGCAACUUCUGAAACAGAUGGGCCUGUUCGGCGAGACCGAGACCGUCGGUAAUUUGCGCUGCUUUUUGCACCAAAAACUGGAACAGAAAUACGGCGUGGACGACGACACCGGGGAGCUGCAGAUCGAUCUGAAGAAGAUGGAACUCUUAAACCUCGGUAACGCCGAGAAGGCGUUUAGUGCGCUGGGCUUCUCGAAGGCCGGGUCGAAGAAGCUCGCGAAAAAAGCAGUGGAGAAUUCUGAUAAUUCCACCUCUACUGCUCCGGCCACCCAAGGAGCGCCGCAGGACUACUACGGCGCGACUGCGGACCACGAGAUGAAGUUGAGUGCCGGGAUGAAAACUAAAUCUUCCGACUUCGACACCGUCGAGGAUAUGGACGCGACGGAUUUAACUCUGAUGUCGACCCUGACGGGCAUGGACACUGCCACAACCGAGAGGACCGCGGUGGUUGCCGGAUUUGCCAAGCGGCAGAUCGCGCUUAAGACGAAGCGGGCCUCUCUCGAUCUCUCCCCGGUGAAGGUCGUGGACGUCCAGCUGGGGAACGCCGAGCAAGUGCUGCUUGUGCAGGGUUUCGCGCCCAGGCUGGCGAAGAAACUGGCCAAGGCGGUCGUGAAGCACGCCGACGAGCAGGAGGAUGAGUUUGAAAGUCAGGACGACAGUGCGAAGGACGAGAUCUUCGGAGGUAGUGUUACGGCCCAAGCUACCAUGGUAUUAGACAAGGAGCAAGCGCUCACGAACCUGGCCGAGACGGAAGAGGAGAAGCGGCAGAUCGAGGCGUUUUUACGGAAUAAACGGACACCAGCUCCUGCACGCGGUCGGCCCGACGCAGAGGACACGUCGACCCUUCUUCAACAUCCGGGAGAUCAAACCGACGAAGAGUUCUUGCCGCUGACCACGGGCGACUUGCUGGAGGAUUUGCGGGAGAGAAUCGAGGAAAAAUUGGACGAGGAGGCUCCCGCGGAGUGCCACGAACGCCUGCGGAACUCCCGGAAGAAUCAGCAGUGCGCGUCGCUGGCCGCCAAGCUGGCCGCGGAGCAGGGGAUCGAGCAGCCGGGCUCGAAACUCGAGCUGCUCCGAAGCAGCGCCACUCACGAGAAUUCAUCCCUCGGGGAACUGCAAAGGGAGCUCGCGAGAGCACGCCGGGGCAAGUUCCCCGGUGGAGGGGGUCCUCGUCCCAAGCAGCGACGCGGGCUGCUGGCGGGUAUGUGCCCUUGUUUUUGCGGCGGGGCGGCCGCGGACGACGACGGGGACUAUGCCUCAGACGAAUCCUUCGAGCAAGUGCAAGAAACCCAACUGCUGCAGCACCCCCGGUCGUGGUCCCCGACGAGUGCACCACAAGAACCCGCGGCUGCGGGGGUAAGCGAUGAACCUCCGCCUCCUGAAGGUAUCGUCGUGGUGGCAGUUGAUCCAGUUGUUGUACAACAACCUGGAGCUGCUGCUGACGAAGACGGGGAAAUAAAGGGGGAAAGCAGCACCCCAGCUCCUGCAACCGCAACUGAAGAACAAAUAGCGUACGUCAAGGAAGAGGAUGCGUUCGGUGCCCAGAGCAGUCUGUCUAAAAGUGCAUUCCUGCGCUUUCAAGCCGGGGCGGAGAAAGACCAGGAGAACGUCGAGCCCGGUUCUACCUCAAAGGUCGGAGUCGGAAUUUUGCCUUCGGACCCUGUAAUUCCGGCGCAGGAGCAGGCCACCACUCCUGAUGUGUUGACCCCGCAGGGGUUUGAGAUGUAGCAUCCUGCAUGGGACGAUGAAAGUGUAUUUUUAAGUUGCUACACCAGCGCAUUUGCUUUUUUUUUUCUUUUACGCGCGAUGCAGAAAUUGCAAUGUAUGAGCUUUUGACGACCGUGAUUGACAAAGACAAAUUUGUCAGUGUAGAUUGAUUGUGGAAGUGUACAUACUGGCUUUCGCAUUCUUGUACGAUUGUUAUUGUUUCAUUUCUUCUUUACACGAGUAGAAGAACAUCAAUAAAAAGCUUUCAGCUUCGUGUCCCCUUAUUUCUUUGCGAUGUGCUGCCCCGCCUUGAACAAUUUUUGUUUUUCAUUAUUAAGGUACCCGGACCCGAACCCCAAUUUUGUAGAAUAGACGUAGACCUGUGAAGACGACGCCUUUUUACCCGGCAGAGCAAUCCCAAAGAUCGCUAGGUAGUACACAGUUUGUAUGUAAGUACCCGGUUCGAGGACAACCAGUGAUUUUUGUUGCGAUGCUCCAGCAUGUGCAUGAUUGAACAAAUGAUGUUCGGAG